AGAAACAAUUAGUUUCAAAUAGUAUAUACAAUAUAGUUAAGAUGGCCAGAAAAACGUCUAAAAUCCCCAUGACCAGCAAAGACUUGGGUGAUUUCGAAAAGAAUUCAGAUGAAUCCGAAGGCAUAUAUGAGUUGACUUUUGGGUUUAUAGACGAAGGUAUUGAGUUUCAGUCAUGUGAAAGUUUGUUAGAGUCAAAAAUUAGUUAUAGUAGUGGAGAGAUAUUGAUGGACCAAGAGGAGGAUGAAAACGUUAACAAUAGUGAGGAGAAUAAGGCAUUUUGGGCAUUACAAGAAGAGCUUUUUAAGACAACAUUGAGUAGGACAACUUCUUUUGAAUCGAAAGUCAGGAAAUCAACAAAGGAGGUCCUAAAAGAAUUGAAAUUCACUAGUAUCAAUUGUAGCUGCCGGAAAAUGAUAUCCGAUAGUAGUUGUCGAAAAUGUACGCAAAGAGAAAUCUCCGAACGCCUUAGGAACGAAGGCUACAAUUGCUUCAUUUGCAAGUCCAAGUGGAAAAGCUCACUCGAAAUACCUUCAGGUGAAUACACAUACAUGGAAGUGGUGCAAAACACAAGUUCAAAAAAAGGAGAAUUAAUGAAGGUGAUCAUAGAGCUGAAUUUUCGAGGAGAAUUCGAGAUGGCACGAGCAAAUGAAGAAUACAAUCAUCUAGUGAAACAAUUACCAGAGGUAUACGUAGGAAAAGUCGAAAGACUUCAAAAUUUAAUAAAAAUACUAUGUUGUGCUUCGAAAAAAUGCAUGAAGGAAAAAGGGAUGCAUAUGGCUCCAUGGAGGAAACAUAAAUACAUGCAAGCUAAGUACCUCGGCUCGCCGGAAAUUAUGCCGGAGGUAAUUUUUCCGGUGAAUAAUUUCCGGCGACCGCCAAGGCCUAGGGUUUCAAUGCUCACUUUCGAUUUGAUCGAAAGCUUGCCAAUCAAAGUUGUUUGAUGGUGGGAUCAAAUUUUUCUAGCUAGUAUAGUAUAUUAGAAUUUUCCUAUUUUGAUUUUGGAAUAUGGUCUAUGGAAUUAUUAAUUUCAAAUGUACUCUAGUGAGAUAUAUUCAUAUAUAAAAAUAGAAUAUUCCUAUUGCGCCCAUGUAAA